AUGGCAGACACAGCAGAUGAUGACCCAGAGUUCGAUUUCGACUUUGCCUUUGCCGACAUCCCAGACACAGAACAACAAGAUGCAGGGCCCAAAGUCAAGAAAAUAAAAAGCACAAAAAAAGAAUUACAGAAGGUGCUGAAUCUUGAAGACAACAACAACUGGCUUGAAUGGUUACGUUCAGGAAUGGUAAGGCCUUGGUGGGAGGAACUAUGGAACGACCAUUUAAGCCGAGAGGAAUCAAGGGAACGAGGGAAUGGGAUAGGGGACAUCCAAAAACGCAUUCUGAGUGGAGAGGCCCACGGGGUCCUUAAAUACAGUUCACCACAACCGAAUAAAGAGGACUGGGAUGCGGCGGAUCAUCUGGCCAGAUUCCAUUUCAACGUCAAGAAUAUGAACUUGAGGUCACGCGACGGCGUAUUCUACGGUAAGAACCUCAGCGACAAUUGGAUGGAUAAGAUUAUAUGGGCGCUGAAAGGGUGGUUGUGUAAAAUACACUCUCCAUCCUAUAUCAAUAAACAACAUGGCGGCACUGCGAUCUUAGGAACCAAAUGUCAAGGGGAGGGUGUUAAUCUGAAGCGAAAGGCAAAGUCAUCAGAUGGGGAAUUGAAGGCUAAAAAGGACGAUGAUGAGGACGAUGAUGAGGACGAUGAUGAGGACGAUGAUGAGGACGAUGAUGUUCCAAGUCUCACUGCAUCAACGUGGAAAGCAGGAAUGCUCAAUCCCAGACAAAAGGUCCUCCUCAAGAAGGAGUCUGAUGUAUUUGAUGCCUCUGAGACCUACUAG